AUGAGGAGGGUCUUGACGCCGGGCGCAUCGAGAAAGCGCAAGGAGAUUGAUACAACUACGACUCCAGCCGAGCCGGUUGCUUCUAAUCGGCUUCUAGCUGGCUACAUGGCCUACGAGUUUCUAUCGAAAGGUACGCUUUUUGGGCAGAAAUGGGACCCUGCUCGAGCCGAGGCUGUGGCGCCGGUAUCGAGUGUGGGGGAAUCGAGGAGGACGAAGCCGGAGAAGAAGAGCCAGAGCGUGGAAGCCGAGCCGAGCGGGAAGGUGAAACAGCACUAUGAGAGUUAUGGUGACGUGGCUAGAUUAUUGAAGGGAGAUGGGGCCCACGUGGCGGAGAUUGUCAACCCCACGCAACUUGCUCGGUGGAUUCAGAUGUGA